AUGGAUCAAGGGGUGAUUCAACUAAAGGAACACUCCGAGGAGGAAUAUAUAGUUAUGGUGGACAGAAAUGGGCCAUUGGUGAUCCCUUGCCAAGGGACAAGGAAGCCAUUAAUCAUCCCAUGUUCUAAACCACCAUUGUGGAUACCUGCACAAGAUCAUACUAAGGUAAUCCCGACCAACAAGAAUAGAGCUCCAUAUCCUUUGGACAAAAUGAAAACAGUACACUGGGAAUAUAAUUCUGGUACUAAUACAGAGGCACAAAUGCAAUCUUCCGUGUCAAACAUCUUGGGACCUAGAGGCAUGACCCGUAGCGGUCGCAUAUUCAAAACUGCGCAGGCACAACCAAAGCCCAAUAGAAACUUGACACAAACUAGUGAUCAAGCCGUGGUAGGGCCAAGUGUUGAAAAAACUCCUAAGGAUAAAGAAGCCACCAAUAAGGAUGCUGAGGAAUUUUUGGCUUUGAUCAAGAAAAGUGACUAUAGGGUGGUAGAUCAGUUACAACAGACGCAAUCCAAAAUAUCACUCCUAUCACUAGUGGUAAACUCCGAGAAGCAUCGAGACGCCUUGAUGAAGAUUCUGAACGCCGCCCAUGUAACUAAAGACAUCACUGUGAAUCAAUUCGAUGGGAUGGUGGCUAAUCUCACCGUUGGGGCAUGUCUGGGGUUUAGUGACCAUGAGUUACCUCCGCAAGGAAAGGCGCACAACAAAGCCCUGCACAUCUCUAUACAAUGUGAAAAAGCUCACCUAUCUAGGGUUCUGAUUGAUACAGGUUCAUCACUAAAUAUGAUGCCAAAAACAACCCUCGAAAAGAUAGCCCUGGAAGGUCUUAUUGUCAGACCAAGCCAUCUAGUGGUCAAAGCCUUUGAUGGAUCACAGAGUCCAGUGUUUGGGGAAGUAGACUUACCGAUUUUAGUUGUUCCUCAUACCUUUCGUAUCAACUUCCAGGUGAUGGGGAUAGAGCCAGCUUACACAUGCCUACUGGGGCGUCCUUGGAUUCACGUAGCUGGGGCAGUCACAUCCACUCUCCAUCAGAAGAUAAAGUUUGUGGAUGGAAACUCCAUAGUAAUCGUCAAUGGAGAGGAAGAUAUAUUUGUCAACAACUUGGAUUCAUACAAAUACAUCGAGGCUGGAGAAAGGGCAUUAGAAACUGCGUUCCAGGCGUUAGAGAUUGCAACUGCAGUCACACUACCCGUGGAGAAAAUGCGAAGGGUGAUAACAUCUUGGAGAAACCUACAAAACAUGAAUGUGGAAGGCUGGGGCAAGGUGCCGGAAAUCCUGGAGAAGAAGGAUCGCUUGGGGUUAGGAUAUCAACCGUCGAAGAUCAUAAGCGCUGCGAAAAAGGAACAACGAUUCCUCCCGAUUAUGCAGACUUUCGUGAAAGGCGGAUCGCCUUCUAACACUACCGAUAAUAAUACUGCUGAAACUCAAUAUAAACUCGAGGCUCUUGCUAAUCAGUUCGAGGAAGGGGAUGAAGAAGACGAUGAACUUCCGGAAGAAUUGUCAAGGUAA